UCGGCAGCCCCGGCCGCGGCCUGGCCGCUCGCUCGGGGCCGGCUGUGGCGGUGAGCUCCCGGCUGCUGCCGUGCAGCCGCUGUGUGACCGCAGGAAAUCGGAAUAGACCCGGGGGAACCUUUUGGUUUCAGGACUUCUGUGAAAUGAUUUUCAUAUGCUGAACUCCAGCUUGGAUUGCCUCAUUGCUGCACGUUGAGAACUUUGUAAAAAGCAGGAAGUCAAGAUGAAGAGCAGGGUGACACAAGUAAAUCAUGGUUCCAGUCAUGACAGGAAGGAAAACUACAGUUCCCGACAUGAAAGUUUGUCUCCGGAGGACAGUAGGGAGCGUGAUAGGUCUCGGUCUCCAUCUCCCAGGAAGAGGAGAUACUCUGAUGACAGCAGAUAUGAUGAGGAAUAUUCAAGACGGGAAUACUAUGAUGACAGAACUUCAGAUGGAAGAAGGAUGGAAAGGGGGAGAGAUAGACACUAUGAGAGAUGGGAAGACAGAGAAUAUGAUCGAAGGAAGCAGAGAAGGUAUUCAUCGCCUGACCGUAGGAGUCCAGAGAGGUCAACAGGCCAGAACUCACUUGCUCAUGAUGAGACUGCCUCAAAGAAGAAGAAAGAAGAAGUGGAUCCAAUUCUCACUCGCACAGGUGGUGCAUAUAUUCCACCUGCCAAGCUCAGGAUGAUGCAAGAGCAAAUCACUGAUAAAAAUAGCUUGGCAUACCAGAGGAUGAGCUGGGAAGCCUUGAAGAAGUCAAUCAAUGGUCUUGUCAAUAAAGUGAACGUUUCUAAUAUAGAAAACAUCAUUCAUGAGCUCCUUCAGGAGAAUAUUGUUCGCGGAAGGGGAUUGCUGUCCAGAUCCAUUUUGCAAGCUCAGAGUGCCUCUCCGAUUUUUACUCAUGUUUAUGCAGCUCUUGUGGCAAUUAUCAAUUCAAAGUUUCCAAAUAUUGGUGAAUUGAUCCUCAAGAGGCUGAUACUGAAUUUUCGUAAAGGGUAUCGCAGAAAUGACAAGCAACUCUGUCUAACAUCUUCAAAAUUUGUUGCACAUUUGAUGAAUCAGAAUGUGGCUCACGAGGUUUUAUGUUUAGAAAUGCUCACUUUGUUACUUGAAAGGCCUACUGAUGACAGUAUUGAAGUAGCAAUUGGAUUUAUUAAAGAGAGUGGGCUCAAAUUAACAGAAGUUUCUCCUAGAGGUAUUAAUGCAAUCUUUGAUCGCCUUCGACACAUUCUGCAUGAAUCUAAAAUCGAUAUGCGUGUUCAGUACAUGAUAGAAGUCAUGUUUGCUGUACGGAAGGAUGGCUUCAAGGAUCAUCCAAUCAUUCCAGAGGGAUUAGAUCUAGUGGAAGAGGAGGAUCAGUUUACUCAUAUGUUGCCAUUGGAAGAUGACUACAACCCAGAGGAUGUUCUUAAUGUUUUCAAGAUGGAUCCAAACUUUAUGGAAAAUGAAGAGAAGUACAAAAUGCUGAAGAAAGAAAUUCUUGAUGAAGGUGACACUGAAUCUGAAGGAAAUCAAGAAGCUGGAAGUAGUGAAGAAGAUGAAGACGACGAUGAAGAGGAGGAUGAAGAUGGUCAGAAAGUUACUGUCCAUGACAAAACAGAAAUUAACCUGGUCUCCUUCCGUCGUACAAUUUAUCUAGCUAUACAGUCAAGCUUAGACUUUGAAGAAUGUGCUCACAAACUGCUGAAGAUGGACUUCCCUGAAAGUCAGACCAAAGAACUCUGCAAUAUGAUACUUGACUGCUGUGCUCAGCAAAGAACAUACGAGAAAUUCUUUGGGCUACUGGCAGGGCGUUUCUGCAUGCUAAAGAAAGAAUAUAUGGAGUCCUUUGAAGCCAUUUUCAAGGAACAGUACGAUACCAUUCAUCGCCUGGAAACGAACAAACUGAGGAAUGUGGCCAAGAUGUUUGCUCAUCUCCUGUACACUGACUCAAUUCCCUGGAGUGUCCUUGAAUGUAUAAUACUGAGUGAAGAAACUACCACAUCCUCCAGUAGAAUUUUUGUCAAAAUAUUCUUUCAGGAACUCAGUGAAUAUAUGGGACUUCCAAAUUUAAAUGCAAGAUUAAAAGAUGUGACACUGCAGCCUUUCUUUGAGGGAUUACUGCCUCGGGAUAACCCAAGAAACACUCGCUUUGCCAUCAAUUUCUUCACUUCCAUUGGCCUUGGAGGACUAACGGAUGAAUUACGGGAACAUCUUAAAAAUGCACCAAAGUUGAUCAUGACACAGAAGCAAAAUGUUGAGUCAUCAGAUUCCUCCUCAUCUUCAGACACAGACUCUUCCUCAGAUUCUGAUUCUGACAGCAGCAGUAGUAGCUCAGAGUCAUCGAGCAGCAGUGACUCCUCAUCUAGCAGUGACAGCAGCAGUGACUCAGAUGUUUCUAAAGCCAAAAGGAAGAGAAUGCAAAAGAAAAAUAGAGAAUCUGAUAAAGUUUCCAGGAAAAAACAAGAAAGGAGAAGGAAAUCCCUUGAAAAGAAAAUUGGAAGGAGGCAGCAAGAGGAAAGAAGUGAUACUGAGAGCAAAUCAGAAAGAAAUCAUCGACAUUUAAGAGAAUCACGCAGGAGAGAUGAUGUUUCAAAGUACCACCACAAAGAUGAAUCCAAUGGCAGAGAUGGUUACCACAGCGGAAAGGAUAGGAACCACGAAAGAAGUAAGGAUACAGAAAAUAAACACAGUAAUUCCAAACUGAAGAAAGCAGAAAGAAGAGCUUCUGUGUCUGAUGAUGAAAAUUACAGACACCGGAGCAAAGACGAUGGACAUCGUAGUAGGAAAAGAGAGAGAUCAAAAUCCCGCGAGAGGGAGCGCGGCCGCUGCAGCCCGCGGGAGGAGGAGCAGGAGGAGCGCUCCAGGAACGGCUCGGAGAGGCAGCGGGACAAGCACAGCCGUUACCCCGAGCAGCACAGGGAGCCGCAGCACAGGGAGUCCCGCAGGAGCGACGACAGGCGCAGGGAGAGCUCCCCGCACCGGCGGAAAUGAAGCCCGGCCGCCGUGGCGAUCAAGGUGCAUUUCCAAGCUGGUAGAACUGUAUUUUAAAGUCUAGUACUGAAGUUUCUUUGAAAAGAAGAUUUUGUACAAAGUGAUAGUUUGCAUUUGUAAAUUUUACCAAACUUUUUCAAAUUUUCAGUAACACUUUUUUAUAACUGUAUCAUUGAAUCUUUCUGUUAUGUUCUUUGUUUGGAAAGACAAAGCUCUUUAUUUUGUGAAUAAAACAGUAAGAUACCAGCAAAUUGGGUAUUUUGUCACUUAGUUUCAAGUAUUUGUAACUGGGACUUUGCAAUCUAAAAAACCAUUGGUUUUUAACUUCACUUGUUAAUUGAAAGCCGGAUGCUGAGGCUGGGGUGAUAAUAUACGAAUUUCAGACUACAGUGUGAAUGUUACAUGAGAAAACGAUAAAAUUUUCUAACAGGCAUUCUAUAUCUGCAUGUUCUUUCAAGCUCGCAAGCAUGAAAGCCUUUUGACCAAAAUCUUCAGGAAAUACUCAGCUGAUUUUUUUCAAGACUUAAAAAUUGAAAACACAAUGUUGCUGUUUUAAAUGUCACAUGUGAAAGUGUGUCAGCUUGUUCUGUGACUUUUCACAGUGUUUUUUAAUAUUGUGACAUCCUGAGCUAGUUACAGUUGUGAUCUUUCUGGAAAAAGGGUUGGUUUGGUUUUUAUUUUUUUAGUUGUGACUUUGAUUUCCAAGUCUUAGUCUUCAAUUCUAUCCCUACAGCUGGAACAUUUAAGGAACCUCUUUUCCAGUAUAUAAAAAACAUGAAAGCAAAACAGGAGAUGUUUCAAAUCUUUUUAGACGUUUUGAAGUGCUCAAGUUUUUUGGAAGCAGAGUUCAAAACAAAACAACCCUCAGUUACUGCACCACUUUGUGAUAUAAAAUUGUUCUAUCUGGGAUCAUGGGGUACAACUCAGUCUUGAUUUCAUGAGAAAUGAAUCAUCUGGUUAAGACUAAUUCUCAAUAGUAAGUUACAGAAAAAUUUGCAAAGUCUUCAGGUUUGAAACUGGAAACAGUGUAGGGGCAUGAUCAGUAGGAAAGAGGUGGUAGUUGCAGAUUAUGCAGUUAUUGUUACUGUAUGACAUUUUUUUUUUAUUUGUGACAUGAACACAAUUGCUGGACGAAAGAGAACUUUCGCAUUUCAUAUGUAAAUCAUAUUUCUUGUAUAAAGCAUAAGAAAUACAUUUGAGCUGUUUUAUAACAGAAAGCAGAACCAUUCCUAAGGAAAUAGAACAGUUUUGCGUAAAUCUUGUCACAGCAUUUUUCUAAGAAAAAUGUCUAUUUUAUUUUUUUUUCUGUAUUUGACAGAAUUUAUUUCUGCAACCUUACAUGUAAAAAUAUGUUUUCAGUCAAAAACAUUUUCUUAGAAAAUAAAUUUAUAUUGCAGGAAAAAAGAUUUCUAUCUUGUUAAGGCACACAGCUAAAAAUACUUAGGUGGCAUCAUGUGUUACAUGUUUAAACUGUUGGGUUUUUGCCCAACGCACAUCUCAUUUUCAAAAUGAUGUGUGCAUUUUGGCACUGUGUUAAAUCCACAAAAACUUAAUUUAAAAGAAUGUUUUCUAAAGAGAAUUCUGCUAGUUCUUAUGCUUCUUUGAUAGCUCUGUAUGCACAUUAUUGAAAAGAAUCUAUAUUCCGUAAUGAUUUAAUUACACAAGCUUACUUAAUAUAUCUACAGUAGUACUUCCCUUAAUAUGGUAUGGGUUUAGUAGCCUAUAUUUUAUUAACCCAUAACGUUUGAGAUAUUCUGAUCUAGUUAAAAAGUUUGUUAAUGACACCUUUAAUAAAUGGAAAUUAAUUAAAACAAUACAUGUGAAAACAUGUAACAUUUAUUCUGCGGUAUCCUGUGCCAGAAGUCCAGUGUUUUACUAUAGAGUAUCUGUAAAAGCAUGAUUCUUUUAUAGCCUCUGCCUGAUCACUUGAAUUUGCUACUUUGUGAUGUGUUUUCCUUGCCAUCUUGUGUGUAAUUUUAUAGACCUAAACCUGUAUAUUUGCCAUUUUUCUUUUCUAGAAGUUAAAAUUCACCUGCAGGCUCACCUCAUGCCAGUCUGCUCUAUAGGCUUAUCCUCCCACCCUUUAUUUAUUUUGCUGUAUUUUUUACAAGGGAAAGAAGUCAAAAUACUCUGUAGUAUUCAAAAUGAGGGUAUUCCAGGAGAUGCACAGUGCCAUAGGAAUUUUUGGGGUGGUCAGUUCUCAGUUGCUAUAGAGCUGAGUGACACUGGAUGGUCUGGGCUUGCUUUCCUCAGCAGUAGCAGCUGAUUGUAGACCCUGCACACUAAAGGAGUGACUUGUGCCUCUUGUCUGUAUUUAAUACUGGAGCUCUAGGUUGUGAUUGGAACAGCAAUUUUGACUAAAAAACUUCAAGAAGUCGAGGUCCUGUGGAUUUUCUUCGCUGUUUUGUUCAGUUCUUAAUUCUUGAUACUUAAAACCAAGGCUAAAACGCCUUGGCUUGGGGGAUGAGUGGUAGAGGAAUCUUGCAGACUUGACUGUGCAUCAGAGAUUUGUGGGAAGGAAUUUUUGAUGACCUGCUCUGAUAUUGCAUGCUUAAAAUUUAGCUUUCAAAUGUGGUUGUAACAUCCACAUCCAUAGAUCCAGCAAGAGAGGCUG